ACACAUGCUCAGCAUGGCGACUUCCCCGCCUGUUACAGGAAGACAACAUACACUCCACCAACAAUGGAAGCCGGUCAAUGGUCCCCUCUUUGUACCCUGAACUACGCCAGCCAGAGAUACCUGUGCCACUGCAAAGCCCCAACCCAGGGUAACAGGACCCUACAGAUCCAUGUGACAAAUGGGAAUGAAGUAUGGAGGUCGGAGGCCACAGAGGAAACACUAGAGGAGUGGGAUGCUGUGCAGAGCCUCACGUCUCAGGAGCUGGUAGAUAAACUGCGGGAAACUUUCCAGCACAAUACUCCAGUCUUAGACAUGCAAGGAAGUUUGGCCAGCCUGUCCAUUGCUGUGGAUUCUAAGAAAGUGACCCUUGACCUUCUCAAACUUCCCAUCUCCGAGGCACGAGCACAUGUACAGCAGGUGUUAUUUGACCUGGCGGAUCGAGUGUGGAACUUGGAGAAACAGCUGAAAGCCGCAGAGCCCAGCAUCACUCCAUCCGACAGUCCAGUGAAGCAGUCUCAGAAGAACCACUUGCUGCUUUUUCCAGAUGUUGAUUCUCGAAAGAAGGGAUAUGCAGGAUCUGCGGCACAAGUGAAAAAAAGAAUCCCUGGGGAGUCGCUCAUUAAUCCUGGAUGUAAGAGUAAGAAAAUCGCAAAGGGAGUGGAUUUUGAAGAAUCCUGA